GAUAUCGGAGGGGAAGUGCGUGAUAUGUAAACAAAAACAAACGUUCCGGUGUACAAGUGGCGAAAGUACUCUGUUUUUAGGGAUAAUUUGAAAGUAUUUAGAGUGAAAGGACCCACCAGAAUAUGCCUACGUGGCAGCAGAUUCAGGCACAGCUGCGAAAUGCCAACAAUCCCGUCGUUUUCUUUGAUGUUUCCGUGGGAACAACGGAAAUUGGCAGGAUGAUUUUCGAGCUGUAUGCAGAUGUUGUGCCCAAGACGGCGGAGAACUUCCGGCAAUUCUGCACGGGCGAGUACAAGAAGGAGAAGGACGGAGUGCCGCUGGGCUUCAAGGGCGCCAAUUUCCAUCGCGUGAUCAAGGAUUUCAUGAUCCAGGGCGGAGAUUUUGUCAACGGCGACGGCACAGGAGUGAUGAGUAUCUACGGGGGCACAUUCUCAGAUGAAAACUUCAAUCUCAAGCACGACGCGCCGGGCCUCCUGUCGAUGGCAAACUCCGGAAAGGACACGAACGGUUGUCAGUUCUUCAUCACGUGCGCAAAAUGUAAUUUCCUGGACAAUAAGCACGUGGUUUUCGGACGGGUUCUCGACGGACUGCUAAUCAUGAGGAAGAUAGAAAAUGUCCCCACAGGACCCAACAAUAAACCCAAACUUCCAGUGACGAUAUCUCAAUGUGGUCAAAUGUGAAAGGCUGUUUUUCAUCAAUAAACUUUGCCUGUAUUGCUGGUAAUAAAUAAAAAAUUGAAUCUA